AAAUUGUGAUUUUAUACUUUGCUUUAGGCAAUGUUAUGUCAAUGUUAUGUUACAUGCUAUAGAUAUCAGUUGCAUUAUACUUAAGGAAUCAUUAAUAAUCUACGUAAUACUCAUAAUCUAUGUAAAUAUAAACAUCAAUUUAUAAUGCACAUAUAUUAAUUCUGCAUCACAUCUUGUACGAUUAAAAUUCAUGCUUUACUUUAAUUACAGUUUCAAUUUUUUUUAAUAAAUCAGUAUUAAGGCACAUUUAUAAGCAGCCACUAGUAAUUACAAACAUUUUAACAACAACAAAAAAUUGCAAACUACUUGAACUAUACAUAAUCUACAUAAAAAUGUAAAUUAUUUUAGAUUAUUUUACCUCGCAUUGAAUUUUAAAAUUCAUAUUGGAGGAUGUGUAAAAUUCAACUUGCUAAAAUUCGAUAGUCCUUCACUUGAUAGUGUUGCGUUGCUAACAACGCAUAUGUAAAAUGUACAUACGUUCAAGUGCUUUAUUCGAGUUUCCUUAUCUAACGAGUCGACUACCUUGAACGAUUUCGACUGAUACACUUAAAUUGUUUACAAUCAUCGUGGUCACGUUAUCGUACCUUGUGCCCAUUUUUUUAUGUUCUUCCUUUCUUUUUUUUUUCAUUUCUCCUUCCUUCUUUCUUGCUGUUCCUCGUUUUUUCUUAGCUAGUCGAGCUUCUGUUUGCCGUCGCCUUUCUGAUGUGCUUUUGUUCCUCCUGACCUCUUUUCGUACCACUCGAGGGCCGAUCCCUUGCUGUUGUAGCAUCCCGAUCGAUCGAUCGAUAUUGCGAUACGGGGGUAUGCUGAAGAAAUCGUUGCUAGAUUUUUAGAAGCUUGACUAUGAUCGAUUGUUCUCCCGAUGAAAGAAUUUUUGAACAAUAGAGGAGCUGAAAAAAGAAAUGGGAAUAUAGAAUCUUUCCAAGAGUGUUUGGAUAUCCAGAUAUUGAGAAAAAUCUAGGAAUACAAAUUUUGGAAAGGCAGAGGUGAGGAAAUGAUCACGCGAUACGAUACCAAUGAAUAUUCUAUUCGCGACAACGAUAGGAUCGGAAAAAUGUGAUCACAGAGCUGUGAAUUAUAGAUCGUCGCGUUCUCGCAGUUUGAAACGGUGAAAACGCGACCGGAUUUUAAGCACGGAAAUGAACCUGCUGCGAACGAUUAUCAACGUGUGUGUAUCGUGCAAAGGUUGAUAAAGAAGUAUAGAGAAAUAAAGAAAGAAAAGAAAGAAAGGUCUCCUCGUGCGCGACAAGCUCGCGUGAAACGAAACGAAGAUAGGCGGUUCGGUGUUGCUUGAGAUGGACUCAGUGGCGGUGACAGUGCCCCUUCGUCAGCCGACGAAGAAGAUGAAGAAACGGAAGGAGCUCGAUGCCUUGGCGCCUCCGCACAUUGUUUCCCGCCGGAGUUCCGGAAAACGUAGCUCUCAAGAGUUACUAUCAGAUAGCAGCGACGAACGGUCGGAAUACUGGAAUAUAUCGACUAGAAAUGGCCGCAAAUGCAGAGGCAGACGAAGUCGAGCUUGUCCUGGAUUUUUUAAAGCUUGUAGUGCCUUUCUGGCUUGUGCCUCUGUAUUAGCAACCGCUAGUUUAAUUUGGCUGUUCAUCGACGUUCGUCAGCAACUUACUGCUCUACGGACCGAACUGGACCAAGUUAUAGCCGGUAGCGAAGGUGUUCCCGAUGCCCUGCAAAAAUGUCACUCUCUGUCGAGAGAUCUUCAGAACAACCAGAGCAUUAUCUUCACUCAUUUAUCAGAUCUCAAGCUUCAAAUCAGUAAUUUUACAACGCAGCUAGCACUUAUUCAACGUAUUAUGCAUCACGCAAAAGGUUGGUUCAACGAGGGCCCAGCAUUAUUUAAAGUGCAAGGAGAUUUGAAGGACCUUUCCAGUAGUGUGGUGUCAUUUGGGAGCCAAAUACAAGAUCUGAGUAGCACAGUAACAACAUUGAAAGAAUCAAAUGCUAGGAUACAAGAUGUCCAAACAACAAUACAACAGAAUGUUACCAGUAUCAAGAACACAGUGACAGAAUUGUCAAAUAUUACACAAAAGCCUCAGAUAUUGAUUACAAAUGAGACAAAGAUAAAGACUGAACAAUUGAAUGCGACAAUCGUACAUUUAUCUGAUAAAUUGAUGGACAUCAAUGAAACAUUGUCAAGAGCUGUGCAAUGGGUGGCAGAAGAUCAGAAGAAAGAUCAUGACAAACUGGUAUUGCUUCAGGAAACCACUCAAAAUGUUAGCAUGAAGGUGAUAUCCUUAGAAAGAGAGUGUGUGAAGACUACCAUACUACAAUCUGUUAAGGAACUGGAUACUCAAGUGAAAGAAAUUCACACAGCUAACGACGAAAUUAGCAAGAAAAUGAAGCAAUUAGAACAAUCGUACGAUAGUUUAAAAAAUUCAACGAGCUUGAUAUUGGCGGCGAUACCGGAUAUCCAGACCCAAAGGUUGAUCAAGACGAAGAUUUUGGAAGAGUCGAUCGGUGACGUCGCGACCACGGAACAAGAUCGCAGUGUGUUAGUAUCAAAUGAGGCGCCGUCGAAACGCUUGAGGUCAGAUCCGUAAAAUGUUUCUAGAGGAAUUUAUAAUAUGGUGAUGUUCGAGCGAACUUUCAUCUUGUACGAUAGCAAAAGCGAAUCAGCUGUUUCCUAGGAAGAACAUAAGGAGACAUUGCGCGUGUGUAUGUGUAAAUAUUAAAUAAAUUAAGUACGUUGAGAAAUUCCAUGUAUAUAGAGAGGUAAAUACUUAUGACCUGAAUCAUGUGAUCUCUCUUUGUCUCUGUCCCUAAGUGUGCACAGAAUGAUCUACGAGAAUAUUUAAGUGGAUUAUCCUGUUGAAUAAAAGAAGGAGAAGAAAAAAAAAGAUAAUGUCUGAAAACUGAGAGCUAUUUAUAAACGAGCAAUAAGAUAUACGUUGAAUCGUCUAGUACGUACUGUCCAGGUCGAAUACCGUGUGACAAAUGCCAAUUUUUAAAGCACGCCACGGCCUGUAAUGCGGCUACCUGAAUUUAUUCAGAUACACCAUCGAAAAAGUACAAAGAGCGUUUACACUUGUUCUUGCGUUACAAAACAUAGACGAGGAAACAAAAAGGAGGAAUAAAACGAAAAUAAGCCAAAAAAAAAUAAAAAAUUUAGAAGGCGUAUAUCCAUACUACGAUGUCCACUAAUUCGCAAUAAAGUUUUCUACUCUUCUACUAUUUAUAGCGCAGCAUAGUCUAUCGAUUUGCCAAAUGUUAGAGAGAUUCAACAAUCUGCGAACAUUCUACACGUUAACGAUUGAUUUUGUUUUCGGUUAUUCAUAGAUUAUUCAUCUUUUUAGUAAUGACAUAUUGUAGAGUGUUCAAAACUAAAAGUAUGGUGGAAGUGUACUGUCACCAGAAAGUUUGUUUAGCCAGUAUAUAGUGAACAAAACGCAUUGUGUAGGGUUUUUAUUCAACCUAAACAAAAAAGUAUAACAAAAUGGUAAUGUUGUACUUUCAUGUUUGUUUAUUUUCCUGUACAAGGUGAUCAUUUUUAUCAUUUUUAAUUUUAUUUUUAAGAAAAGGAACUUACAGAUGAUGUUAAACUAUUCUUAAAGUAAAUAAGUAGAUAUAUGCGAAGAAUAUUUUAAGGCCAUUUAGAUUUUUUAAACAGUAUCUUGAAAGAGUUAACAUUUUUAUAUUUUAAUCUACAUACAGUGGCUUAUGAAGAUAUUUGAACAUUCAUCACAAAAUAUUUUUAUGUACAUAUUAUGUGUAUUAUAAAACAUUUUGAUAUCUCAUCAUCACUGCAAUGAGAUCCAACUAUCAUGAUUAUAUUCAAAAUGUUUUGUAUAAUACACAUAACAUAAAUACAUCAUAAUACAUUAAAUAUUUCUAUAAAUGUACAAGUACCUCUCGUGAGCCACUAUAUCUAAUGUUUUACCGUCCAUCUUGAUUUCUUUCAAACGUAUUUUGCAAGGUACGUUCAACUACGUGCAAUUUAAUGGAUCACCUUGUAUGAGACAAUGUAAAUGUACUGUAAUCCGUAAACAGUUUGUAAUUAGCGUUAUUAUAUUUUAAACGCACUCUAAACCCAUUUGUGUUAUGUAAGAGGUGAUACACGCUAAGUUUCGACUUUUCUCUGCGUUUGAAUGUUGUAUAAUGAUUUUACGCGCGUAGCCAUUUUUGGUGGACUGUAGCAAUUGUGAAUAUAGCGUAUCUAAACGAGUGUUCGUUCAGUUUAGCGAAGAACGAAACAACCUAUCCACAGGUGGAAAUGGAAGGUAAAAAAGGAAUAAUAAUGACGAAUCGCGUGAGAAAGUUGUAUGAAAUUGGUAUGAAUGUAUAAAGAGAAAAACAACGCGUAUAAACGACAAUACGUCGAUAUGUGAAUAAAGAAUUGAUUAUUCAGAUUCAA